CUGCCGCACCUUUAGCGUCCUCAGUAGCUCCAGCUGCAGCCGCUCUCCAGGCCCUGAUCCUGGCACCAUGAGCUUCGGUUCGGAGCAUUACCUGUGCUCCGCCUCCUCCUACCGCAAGGUGUUCGGGGACAGCUCUCGCCUCUCUGGGCGUCUCUCUGGGACUGGCGGCGCGGGCAGCUUCCGCUCGCAAUCACUGUCCCGCUGCAAUGUGGCCUCCUCGGCCGCCUGCUCCUCGGCCUCGUCGCUUGGCUUGGGCCUGGCCUACCGCCGGCUGCCGGCGUCCGACGGGCUGGACUUAAGCCAGGCGGCAGCGCGCACCAACGAGUACAAGAUCAUCCGCACCAACGAGAAGGAGCAGCUGCAGGGCCUCAACGACCGAUUCGCGGUGUUCAUCGAGAAGGUGCACCAGCUGGAGACACAGAACCGCGCGCUGGAGGCCGAGUUGGCUGCGCUGCGGCAACGCCACGCCGAGCCGUCGCGCGUGGGAGAGCUCUUCCAGCGCGAGCUGCGCGACCUGCGCGCGCAGCUGGAGGAGGCAAGCUCGGCGCGCGCGCAGGCCCUGCUGGAGCGCGACGGCCUGGCCGAAGAGGUGCAGCGAUUGCGGGCGCGCUGCGAAGAAGAGAGCCGCGGGCGCGAAGGCGCCGAACGCGCCCUGAAGGCACAGCAGCGCGACGUGGACGGCGCCACUCUGGCCCGCCUGGACUUGGAAAAGAAGGUGGAGUCGCUGCUGGACGAGCUGGCCUUCGUGCGCCAGGUGCACGAUGAAGAGGUAGCUGAACUGCUAGCCACGCUGCAGGCAUCGUCGCAGGCCGCGGCUGAGGUGGACGUGGCUGUGGCCAAACCAGACCUGAGUUCAGCGCUGAGGGAGAUCCGCGCCCAAUAUGAGUCCCUGGCCGCUAAGAACCUGCAGUCAGCCGAGGAGUGGUACAAGUCCAAGUUCGCCAACCUGAACGAGCAGGCGGCGCGCAGCACCGAAGCCAUUCGAGCCAGUCGCGAGGAGAUCCACGAGUAUCGGCGCCAGCUACAGGCACGCACCAUUGAGAUCGAGGGCCUGCGCGGGGCCAAUGAAUCCUUGGAGAGGCAGAUCCUGGAGUUGGAGGAGCGGCACAGUGCGGAGGUGGCCGGCUACCAGGAUAGCAUUGGACAGCUGGAGAAUGAUCUGAGGAAUACCAAGAGUGAGAUGGCACGCCACCUUCGGGAAUACCAGGACUUGCUCAAUGUCAAAAUGGCCCUUGACAUUGAGAUAGCAGCUUACAGGAAACUGCUGGAAGGUGAAGAGACAAGAUUUAGCUCCAGUGGAUUAAGUGUUUCAGGGCUGAAUCCACCUCCCAAUCCAAGUUAUCUGCUUCCUCCUAGAAUUCUCAGUUCUACAACCUCCAAAGUCUCAUCCACUGGGCUGUCACUUAAGAAAGAGGAAGAGGAGGAGGAGGCUUCUAAGGUUGCCUCUAAGAAAACCUCCCAGAUAGGAGAAAGUUUUGAAGAAAUAUUGGAGGAAACAGUAAUAUCUACUAAGAAAAUGGAGAAGUCAAAUAUAGAAGAAAGCACCAUUUCAAGCCAAAACAUAUAAUUAUGUUGCUUAAAAAAAGUUAAUGCUUAAGAGGGAAUAAUAUCUAUUUGACUUGUUAAACAGCUUAUACCUGAACCGUAACACCUGUCACCACUACAUAAUGUCUUCAAGGCUUCAAUCCUAUUUAGUGUUGAAUACUUUCUCUAAUAGGAAAACUAGCCCUUAGAUUGGAGUAAACUGCAGUCCUGGAGCAAUCACAAGGAAUUAUCUAAGAAUACAGCUUUCUCACCUAAAGCUCAGGCUUCACAGUGAUAGAUGAUUCAGGUGCAGAGGAAGUACAAACUAAGGUGCUAAAUCUGUGAUCAUCAUCAUUUGCUGUGAGCUAAAAGCAAACCCCAUAUAUAUUUACUAUACCCAGCCAGUAAGCCAGUACCCAGCUAUAUUAUCUUACUCUAGGUUCCUAAAACAUAAGAUCACUGCCAAAUGGUGGUGCACAUCACUGCAUAAACCAAUGGU